GGUUUAACACCGUUAGGAAGUCUUAUUUCUGGAGAUACACACCAUCAGCUAGCUUCUUCACGAGGAAUGCAAGCUAAGAGUGACUGUCGGCAAAUCAAAAGCAUUCGUCGUCCUCUUGCUCCGGAGAACACUCGGGAUCACGGAACUAGACCUUCUACUCAAUCUAGUCUGCAGUCUUUGCAGGGAAUGGCUAUCCCGCGUGAAGUAAAACGUGAGAUCUUAAGGCGGAAGUCCAUGCGUUCAAAGGAAAAACAGCAGCAGCAACUACAAGGCGAUAAGCAACGAGAAAUGCAGUUGGAGGAUACUGUGGGAGUGUACACCAGGAUAAAUAUGUUAAAGGGUAGUUUGAGUUACAAGGGAAAACCUACGAACAGGUACCUUUGUUUGUGACUUUAAUUUAUUGGCUGAUUUGAGGUUGUCCUUGAGACUGCGCGCGUAGUUGAUGUUUGAUGGAGUCGUUUUGGGCAUAGUAUCCCUUAUGUUAUUGGCAAUUAUAAGGUUUCGUGGGAGACUGGGGCCAAAUUCGUCACCCAAAAUAAUCUCUCAACGUCACCAAUACAAUGAGUUAAGGGCGCAUAUUUUGUAGCCACAUUAGACCAUAGUCACUAUGGCAAAUCACAGCAAUCGAGGAAAAUAGGAUCAACCAACCGAGUCAAAUACAACAGGGGACGAAAAGAUGCGGUAAGAUUUGACUGAAGAUAUGCCAGAUGAGUCAGCCAACUUCUGAAACAAGGCAAGGCAAUGCAAAACCAAAGCAACCACGAAAUUGCUCACGAAUUUCACUAAAUAUCAAAACUGAUUUGAUUUUUAUCAGACGUUUUUAUCAGUCGUGAGUAAACUGCGUCAGGUUUCGGAUGAAUUUCACGGCAGUUUUCCCCUUUGGAACAUCGCAUAAACCCCUAAACAACCCACACUUAAUUCAGUCCCAGAUAUAUGCGCUCGCCUAGGUUCUUCUGGCUGGAGUCUUUGUUUCGAGUAUAUAAAACGGACCAUUUAAAUUUCCAUUUAGCUCUAAAUCGCAAAUUUCUAUCCCAACAAAAAUAGAUAACACUAAUUUCUGUUUUUUUGAAAUUAUACAGUCCUCUCAUGAUUCAGUUGUAAAAAUAUGGCUUCUAUGGAAAAUAGAAGCUCUGGUGAACUUUACUUAACUGCUGUUCAGUUUUUAUGACUUUCCAUUAUUUAAUUUACAGUUUUGAGGAAGGAGGUAAAAUGGUCAAUGGGCAUACUCCAUCAUCAAUGUCCCAAAUUUGCAAAAACCAGUUUACCUCGCCUACAGGUGAUACAAUGAGUAUGUCAUUCCAAAGAUCCUCUGUUUUGAGCACGAAAGAUAGAAAGGACUAUCGAAAAGAUUUUCGGCAUGUAAAGAAUCAGGAGGUCUUUCCCUCGCAAAAACCUAUAGCAAGAAAAGGCUCAAGCGGUAUUACAAGAAGAAGAAAUGUCCAGGGAGCAUUUGUAGGCCCUAAAAAGAACGACGCAACACUGCAUGAUAGAUAUUGUACUAGUUGCUUAGGAGAAAGUAUGAAGAAAGGAGAACUAGAAGCACUUUCGGACUACGAGGUGGUCGCUUACCACGAUCGGGAAGAAGAUAGAAAAGUUGCCCUAGGGAAGACCUCUCAGGGCUUUACUACUUUGGAGAAAAAAUUUGAUGAAUCCAAGAGUGACAAAAAAAAUCAUUCUGAAAUUGCAAAAAAAGAAUUUGAGACAAAAAGCUCCUCGUCGGGAGUAUCAGGGACUGGUAAUAAAAAAAGAAAUUUUAUUCAAGCAGUAACGAACAGAGUGAUUCUUCCGAUCCGGUUACAGAAACAAACCAGUCGUUUGAAUAAAAGAGACGAUUUGGUGGCCCACCGUGAGUGUAGUUUUACAAUUGGCGAAGACGUACUAAAGGAAGAGAAAUUCAUGGAGAAAAAUGAAGAAAAUGAUGUUUAUAAAACGGAAAAGGUGACUCCUUUGAGCGCUGGUAAGUUGCAAAAGUUGAUAAGAGAAAAAGUUCUCAGCCAAUCACAAGCUAAAAGCACGAAAGCCAAUCCCAAGACAGUGGUGCUGGCUGACUACGUGCGUACACUCCAAAUGCACAUGGGAAUCACAGACAGUGUCGUCUCAGAAAGUAAAUCACCUGACUUUAGUGCAACUCCAUUUAUAGCAACAGCAAGAAAGUUUGGAAGUGAAGAUGGCAAGGAAGAUCCUCCAACAGUGAUGCAAAGGCGGUUAGAAAUGCUGCGGGAGCAACUGGUUCGACUACCAUCGACGUUUACUUUGUUAGACGGAGACUUGGUGGAAGAUUGA